AUGGUGGCCAUCAGCAUCAUCACCAUUAGCAAGGAGCUGAUGCUCGCUUGCCGGCAGCUGGGCCACACGGUCUCGGAGGCCUUGGCCGCCGUGGUGGCCGCCACCGUGGUCGCCAAAGAAGGUGGCUUCUUUUCGGAGAAGUCCAUCGACGAAAACGAUGCCAAGACGGUGGUGGAGGAGGCUGCCAAAAAGAUCCUGUCCAAGGAGAAGCCUGGCAUCUCCGCGCUGCGGCUACAGGCCGACUACGAGGUAGCCUUUGCCGACAUUGAGAAGGCAAAUACGAAGCACUUGGCCGACGCCAAGGCUGCCGAAGAGAAGACGCUGGCAUGGAUUUCGAAGUUCACCGCCAAAUUCGACGAGGACCCAGCAACCGGGCAACCGGCCUUGGCGCGUUUGGGUGUGAACUGGUCUUUGGCUGUAGCUCAGGUGCUAGGGGCACCAGGGUCGCGCCCGGGAACGCCAUUUCGUCGCGACGUCUACAAGGAGUUCCACCUGAACUUUCCCCUGGUCCGCUUGUGCUUUGCUCUUCGGAGCUUGUCCACCUCGUGGUGA